AUGCAUCACCACCUCGCGCCGGAAGACAUCGUACCCAUGCCUUCGUCGAUCCACAAUGCUUCGCGCCCUCCCUCGUUCAAGGACGCGGAGAAACCUACAAUCGAGGAAGUGGAAGUGGCGGAACCCACGACGCGCGACUGGAACGACCGCGACACUGCGCUCGACGUGGACGCGCAUCCCGGGUUCUGGGGCAAGGUCUUCAAGCAGAACCCGUCCAAGCAGUUCAUGGACGAUGUCGUCGAGAUGAACAAGACGGAGCUCAAUGCGAAGGACGUCAAGCGGAUUGAGCGCAGGAUUGAUUUGCUCAUCAUGCCAUGCCUGGCCAUCUGCUAUGCGUUCUACUACAUUGACAAGACGACCCUCUCUUAUGCCGCUAUAUUUGGUAUCAAGGAAGACCUCAAGCUCAACGGCGAGGAAUACAGCUGGCUUUCCAGUUUGUUCUACUUUGGAUGGCUGGCGUGGGCGCUCCCAACGAACUUGCUGAUGCAGAAGUUCCCCAUCAACAAGUACCUGGCGUUCAACAUCUUCCUAUGGGGUGUUUUCCUGAUGGCGCAAGCGGCGAGCCGGAACUUCCUCGACAUGGCGGUCCUGCGGACGAUCUCUGGUGCUGCUGAGGCGACCGCUGAUCCGGCCUUUGUCAUGAUCACAGGGAUGUGGUACACUCGCGCACAGCAGCCGAGGCGCAUUGGCUACUGGUACAGCGCCAAUGGUAUCGGUAUCGCCAUCGGUGGCCUUCUCGGCUAUGGCAUCGGCCAGAUCAACGGCGGCCAGCACUCCUGGAAGUACGAGUUCAUCAUCAUCGGCGCUCUCUGCACUCUCUGGGCAAUCAUCAUGUUCUUCUUCGUCCCCGACUCACCGCACCUCACGAAGUGGUUCACCCGCGAGGAGCGCCUCACGAUUCUCAGCCGCAAGCGGCACGACCACGCGGGGAAGGAGCGCCGCCAGUGGGACGCAAGCCAGGUGCUGGAGGCGUUCAUCGACCCGAAGACGUACUUGUUCUUCUUGUUCGGGUUGACGGCGAAUAUCCCCAAUGGCGGCACGUCGAACUUUGGCACGCUCAUUGUCAAGGGCUUUGGGUUCAACACACUCAAUACGACGCUGAUGCAAAUUCCUUACGGUGUUAUCAUCGUCCUUUUCAUCCUCUUCGCUAUCUUCGGGAACGAGCGCCUUCCCGAGGGCUCGCGUACAUGGAUGAUGGUGUUCACUAACGUCCCUACUGUCAUCGGCUUCGCCUUGAUCGCCUUCACCAAGAACAAGGGGUUGCGGCUCUUUGGAUACUGGAUCACGGGCGCCUCGAACGCCACCUUCGUCGUCGGCCUUUCACUCGUUUCAGGUAACGUCGGCGGAACGACCAAGAAAGCGCUCGCAUCCGCGGCGGUCUUCUUGGGUGUCGCUGCGGGCAACAUCAUUGGGCCCUUCUUGUUCUUCGAUUCGGAGGCGCCUGAGUAUCGCAGCGGUAUUAUCGCUUGCUUGACGUCGCGCGGUGUCGAGAUCAUCAUCAUCCUCAUCCUCCGCUUCAUCUUUUGGCGUGCCAACCGCAGGCGAGACCGUGCUGUCGCGGAAGGCAAGCUGAAGUACGACAAAGAAGCGCUUGACAAGGAGGAUUUGUCCGACUGGAAGAACCCGUCCUUCCGCUACGUCCUGGUGAGCCUUUGCCGUAAACUAGCCGACACAACCCGAGACGCUGACGCUGUCGAUCUAGUAAACCUCUCCUUGUACCUUGGCUGUAACAUUACUUACUGUGUACCAUAUGCCACAAUGUUGUGA